CGCGCCCGUGACGGAACGACGGGGCGGGGGGGAAGCGCGACCUCGCCCGCCCGGCCCGGCCCCCGCCCCGCGCUCUGCCGCUCCGCCCCCGCGGGGCGUCCCGGGCCGCUCGUCCCCUCAGUGGCGGCCGCGCGCGGCCCGGGGUCGCCCAGAAACCAAGCAACAACAGCCCUUGGAGAGAGGCUGUUUCUUGACUUCCACAGUGACAAAGACCUGGAGGAAGUUAGUACUUCUGACCCACUCUGCCGUCAUCCUACCGCCCAGCUCAAGACAGCCUAGGCUGGACAUUAGUGCCUCCUCCUUUGUUCCUCUGUGAUCAUCCAGAUUAGCACCUGACUGUUCAUUUUCAAGUCUCACAAACCCAGCCCCCAGAUCUUCAUAUUCCGGUUCUCAGCUGCUCUUAAAGGACAGUGACUUGUUACCACCACAGCAGCAGAGCCUACCAUCCCCAGCAGAUCUCCAGUCAUCUUCUGACAUCACUCCCCUCCCUUGUCUCCCUUUUUGGCCUCCUAAAUGCCCAUCUCGUUGGCCUGGGUUCAGCUGGUGGUAUGGAGGGGUGCUGCCUAGCACUGACGGAGUGUGUGUGACCCAUUGACCCAAUGGACAUCAAAGGCCAGUUUUGGAAUGAUGAUGAUUCGGAGGGAGAUAAUGAAUCAGAGGAAUUUCUGUAUGGAGUUCAGGGGAGCUGUGCAGCUGACCUAUAUCGACACCCACAGCUUGAUGCAGACAUUGAAGCCGUGAAGGAGAUCUACAGUGAGAACUCUGUAUCCGUCAGAGAAUAUGGAACUAUCGAUGACGUGGACAUUGACCUCCACAUCAACAUCAGCUUCCUUGAUGAGGAAGUUUCUACAGCCUGGAAGGUCCUCCGGACAGAACCUAUUGUGUUGAGGCUGCGAUUUUCUCUUUCUCAGUACCUUGAUGGACCAGAACCAUCAAUUGAGGUUUUCCAGCCAUCGAAUAAGGAAGGGUUUGGGCUGGGUCUUCAGUUGAAAAAGAUCCUUGGUAUGUUCACAUCCCAACAAUGGAAACAUCUCAGCAACGAUUUCUUGAAGACCCAGCAGGAGAAGAGGCACAGUUGGUUCAAGGCAACUGGUACCAUCAAGAAGUUCCGAGCUGGCCUCAGCAUCUUCUCACCUAUCCCCAAGUCUCCCAGUUUCCCUAUUAUACAGGACUCCAUGCUGAAAGGCAAACUUGCUGUACCAGAGCUUCGGGUUGGGCGCCUCAUGAACCAUUCCAUCUCCUGUACCAUGAAGAACCCCAAAGUGGAAGUGUUUGGCUACUCUCCCAGCCCCCAGGCAGGUCUCCUGUGCCCCCAGCACUUGGGCUUCCCUCCCCCAGCACGGACCUCUCCUUUGGUCAGUGGUCACUGUAAGAACAUCCCUACUCUGGAAUAUGGAUUUCUUGUCCAGAUCAUGAAGUAUGCAGAGCAGAGAAUUCCAACAUUGAAUGAGUACUGUGUGGUGUGUGAUGAGCAGCAUGUCUUCCAGAAUGGGUCCAUGCUCAAGCCAGCCGUCUGUACUCGUGAACUGUGCGUUUUCUCCUUCUACACACUGGGAGUCAUGUCUGGAGCUGCAGAGGAGGUGGCCACUGGAGCAGAGGUGGUGGAUCUGCUGGUGGCCAUGUGUAGGGCAGCUUUGGAGUCCCCUAGAAAAAGCAUCAUCUUUGAGCCUUAUCCCUCUGUGGUGGACCCCACUGAUCCCAAGACUUUGGCCUUUAACCCUAAGAAGAAGAAUUAUGAACGACUUCAGAAAGCUCUGGAUAGUGUGAUGUCCAUCCGGGAGAUGACCCAGGGAUCAUAUCUGGAAAUCAAGAAGCAGAUGGACAAGCUGGAUCCCCUGGCCCAUCCUCUCCUGCAAUGGAUCAUCUCUAGUAACAGGUCACACAUUGUCAAACUACCUCUCAGCAGGCAGCUGAAGUUCAUGCACACCUCACACCAGUUCCUCCUGCUGAGCAGCCCUCCUGCCAAGGAGGCACGGUUCCGGACUGCCAAGAAACUCUACGGCAGCACUUUUGCCUUCCAUGGGUCCCACAUUGAGAACUGGCAUUCGAUCCUGCGCAAUGGGCUGGUGAAUGCAUCCUACACCAAACUGCAGCUGCAUGGAGCAGCCUAUGGCAAAGGCAUCUACCUGAGCCCCAUCUCCAGUAUUUCCUUUGGAUACUCAGGAAUGGGAAAAGGACAGCACAGGAUGCCCUCCAAGGAUGAGCUGGUCCAGAGAUAUAACAGGAUGAAUACUAUCCCCCAGACCCGAUCCAUUCAGUCAAGGUUCCUGCAAAGUCGGAAUCUAAACUGUAUAGCACUUUGUGAAGUCAUUACAUCUAAAGACCUCCAGAAGCAUGGGAACAUCUGGGUGUGCCCUGUGUCCGACCAUGUCUGCACACGGUUCUUCUUUGUAUAUGAGGAUGGUCAGGUGGGCGAUGCCAACAUUAAUACUCAGGACCCCAAGAUACAGAAGGAAAUCAUGCGUGUGAUCGGAACUCAGGUUUACACAAACUGAGGGGGCCCAGCCCUCGUACCACCCCGUUACCCCAGGAUCCAUCUGCCCUUAUUAAAGGGCUCCGGAGCAGCUGGGGAGGCUGCCCUGAGGAAUCAAGGGAUCAUUACCAAGGGCAGGAAAAGGAUAGAAGAGGCGGCCUUCGUAGUGGAGAUUGACCCAGGAACCACUCCACAUUGGGAUGGCCCAGACUGACCCCUGUCCCUGAUUUUCCCAGUUGACUUCACCCUGUUUGUAAAUAAAACAAUAAAAUGGAA